AUGCUCACGAGUUUCACGGAGGCGACGUUCUUCUUGCGAUGCGCCGGGGACUGGGACCAAGUGGCCCCGAGCGAGUCGCACGACUUGUCGGGGCGCGUGUACUACGGGACAUUGAUCAACCUAGACGAGGCGUACCGCUUCCUCAAGAUGGUCGGCCUCAUCCCCGCGCAGAACACAAAGGGCGGGCAGCGUGCGAAUGGCGGCGACGCCGGGGGCAUGCCGGCCGACGCGGCAUCGGAGUUCAAUAAGUUGAUGCAAACAGGCUCCCUCGGCGCUGACGCAGUGGCCACGUCGUGCCGCUUGCUGUUCGCGUCGGGUCGCCCUGUGGAGCCUCACUCGCCGCCCCCCGUGCAGCUCGAGGCCCCGCAGGGUUUCAAACGUUGGCAGUGGCCGAAGCUAUUGGAAUGCAUGGUAUCUCCGCUGGGCCUGCCGAGCGAGGCGACAAACCACGCGCUUGCUCGGGGCGCAUUCCGCCUGGCGCCCGCGCACGAGACCCAGGCGGGCCCCCCCUCGGGCUCCGUGCCUGCCCAGGAAGACCACGUCGCGUUCGAGCCAGGCCCCCGUGGAUACUCCUUGCGUCUCGUGGACGGCACGAUCACGAGGCUCCGCUUCAGGAACCGCGGCGGCGUGUUCGAGCCGGAGCUGCGCGCGACGAACCGCGACAUCCCCGUGACGCAGGGCGUGGACGUGAAGAGCAUGGCCAACCGCGUGCUCGAACACUUCAAGGUGAGCCACACGGUAGUGCCUUGGUCAGAGGAGGCCCGGUUGACCUUCAAGGGCUUCCAGAUGGUGUUCGACGCGCAGUGCGCGCUCAUGCGGGAUCAGGGCAAUGAGACUCGCGCGGCCUUGUUGGGAUCCAGCCCUUGGAUGCUCGGCAUGAUCUCGGUGGCGCUGCUCAUUCUGGAGAUCGCGGUUGGCGAGGCGCCGAUGGGUGGAGAGGCCAAGGUGAUGGAGCAUCACGUCGUCCGGGCGUGGGACAUCCUUGAGGUCUCGGGGGCUGCCGGCGCAGUCCGAGUCGGCGCGGUCGGCGACGAGUGGGGCCAGUGGGCCUUGACCCAGGCUCAGCCGCGGCGCGCCCUCCCAGGUUCCGACGUCGGCGGCGGCUCAGCGGGCGGCGGCGUCGAUGGCGAGGGCGACCGCGAGUUCGAGAGGCUGGGCGAUCAAGCCAGCCACGGCGGCGCGUCGGCCGCGGAGGAGGAGGGGCCGCCGCUGGCGAGCGUGGCCAACGACGGCGCGGGAGACGCCGCAAGGGCGCCGGCGGCGGCGGCUGCGGCCGAGGGGGGCGGCGCGGACGCAGACGCCCAUUUCCUGAUGCCCGGCGACCCGGAGGACGGCGCCUCGGUGCAGAUGCAGGAGCACGGCGACGUGUUCCUCACCGACAGGGAGAUUAUGAAGAGAACUAUUUUGCGAGGAGAACCCAUUGUCUUCUGUUCGGAUGUGCGUGGCUCCAUCCGGAAGACCCUGCCGAGCCAGGAGCCAGGCGUCCGCGGGAGAACAGUCGCCCUCCGGCAGCACCAUUGGAAGGCGGUCACGCAGGCGGGCCUCAGCCAGUAUCACAUUGGCACGUACGACGACGGCUCGAGCGCGGAGGACCAGCCGGGCGCCCCGCGGAUCCACUUGAAGCUGCCGCCGACCGACCGCCGCGACCUCCACCUGCCAUUCCACAACCGCCUGAUGAAGCUGUGCGGCGUUUCCUUGCAGGCGUACACGAGUGCGAUUGGGGCAAAGGAGACCAGGAAGAGGAGAGCUCCGCCUGCCUCCGCCAGCGCUCCGCGAGCCGCGCGGCAGCGGGGGGCUGCGGUGCCCGGCGGGCAGGCGGGGGCCCCGCGCGGCCCGGGCGCGACGGCGGCGGCGGGCGGAGUAGCAAGAGGAAUUGCCGGCGGCGCGGGAGGGGCCGACGCGGCGGCGACGGCCAGCGGCGCAGCGCCGACGCCCGCCGGCGCGGCAGGCCGCGGCGCGGCACCGGCGCGGGCGCGCCCCAGCCGCGCCCCGGGAGAGUGGUAG